GAACUUGCAAGAGUAAACAAAUUUUAAAACGAGGCAUAAACAUUUCCGGUUGUCACUCUACCCCUCCUCCAGAUGACAAUUUCUUUAAAACAUUCAUCAUGAAAAAGGCACCAGCUAAGUCAUGAGAAACUACUAAAUCUUAUCCCAGGUAACAUGGUGGUAUGUUUGCAUAAUGACUGCCAUUAAACACACUCUAAACAGGGAUGUAUUUCUGCCAAAUGAUGAGCGCCUCAUUGGGUUUGUGCAUGUUACUAAAGUUGGACGGAAGAAGAAAACAAGUUUUCUAUGUGCUGCAUUGAGCACAGAGACUCCAGUGCAGGCCCGAGUAUACCAGGUGAAAAAGGCUGACAAAACCGAGGCUUACAAAAAGAAAGUCACAUGGCUGCUCCGAGAACUGAAGGUGGUAGAUGGGAAGAGCUCCAGCAAAGAAACAGCAGAAUUUGACCUUCAUUUUGAGAAAGUAUACAAGUGGGUUGCAAGCAGUGUCAAUGAUAAAGAGACGUUUAUAGCUUGUCUCUGGAAGCUAAGUCAGAGGUACCUGAUUCAGAAGCCUGAUUUCCUAAAUGUACCGCGACAUUUACUGGAAGAGGUGAGCAGGCCCACAGGGUCUGUACAGACCACACAACAGGAAGAUGACAUUGUUACCAUGGAGGACGAUUACCAGGCCUUGACCCCUAAAGAGGAGUCUGACCUUGAUCAGCUGAUGUCAGAGUGUAAGAUCGCCAUCAGCAAUGCCGAACUCUUCGCAGAACAGCUCUCCAAGCAGCUAUCAGUUCUGGAUGGGGCCAACAUUCACUCUAUAAUGGGAUCUGAAGACCAAGUACUAAACCUAAUGAGACUUUUAGAUGAUGGCAUCACUUCUGCAGAAAAGAUUGAAGACAAACUGGAAUUCUAUGACAGUAUUUUACAGAAUGUGAAAGAUCAGAUGGAAGUGAUGAAAGAGAAGGAUGCUCUGAUUAGAACCAGAAACAAAAACCACCAGCAGCUGGAGGAAUUAGACAGUUUAGUGAAACAGCUGGAUUUAGACACAAAGUACUUAAAAGCUCUUCAGGAUGGGGACCUGAAUACACCUGGCGGUAUUUACGAGUGUACGACGGCCGCUCACGCCUUACAGAAAUGUCUCAAUGUCGACAUCCAUCCAGCAUUGAAUCAAAUGUCUGCACUUGAAGAACAGCAAAGAAAAUUUUCAAGAUUUUCUGAUAAAUUUGGCAAGAGAUUAGCUCAUCAUCUCAACAAUUUGUUCAUUCAUCAGGGGAAUGAACACGGAGAGACUCUGAGUCGCCAGGCCCCGGACUUUAAGCUUCCUCAGCAUAACUCGGCCCACCGGGACCUCACGCCCUACGCUGACCUCAUGAUGUGGCUAAAAAACUCCGAUUUUGACAGCUUUACCCAGCUCUCCAAGGUUUACACUCAGAGUCUAAGUAAGCUGUAUAAUAAAGAGAUUCAAGACUUUCUGGAAAUGGCCAAGCAGAAAUUAGGAAGCAAACCAGAUAAAAACAGAUUAGGUGUUGGUCUGACCAGCCAAGCUAGAGCUCUCUCUGGUUCCUCCUCCAGUCUUAACCGGAAAAUGUCUGGUUCAGUACAAAGUCUCAACUCAGACAAUACUUCAUUCCAUGGGUCUAGUCACGACUUAGCAAUGAGACAUCUAUUUGACCAGGUCAUUGAUAAAAUUCUCAGUGAACUGGAGCCAGUUUGUCUGUCUGAGCAGGAUUUUUGUGUCAGAUUCUUCCAUCUUGCCGGGGACACACCUACCGUCAAAGAACCCAAACAGGAAGAAGAAUCAGAGGAUAUUUGGAAACCCAUUCAGCCCGCAGCAGCACCAGUGGAGGAGUUCUAUGAGGAAAAUUUAGGUGGUGGCCUUAAGAUACAGAGGCGCCGCACCAAAUCCAAGCUGAGACACAUGAAUGAGGAAGUCAGGAGGAUGAUGGGAGAAUUGUUUCCAAAUCUGGAGUCAGAGCUAGAAGCAUUUGUAUCUUAUGCUGAUAGAUUGGAUGGGUUUAACUCUAUGUAUAUGUUGGUGAGGAUGAGUCAACACGUCAAUAAUGCCCAGGAUGCUGGCUCCUUCCUCAGUGUAAUGUACGCCAGCUGCCUUGUCAAGAUCAAAAGGAACUUUGACAAGUUCAUUUCAAACCAGAUAAAGACUAUCCAAGACUUUAAAGUUUCCAAAAAGAGCCGGUGUGGAAUUAUUGCAUUUGUCCAUAACUUUGAGGAUUUCAAAAAUGUAAAUGUUUUAACAUUCAGAAAUACCCAAAAUCUAGAAGCAAUAUUUAAGUCUUAUAAAACAUUAGAAUUAGCUGUCAUCUAUGAACAAAUAGCCAGAGUGGCCAAUGAGAGCCAGAAAACUCCUCAUUUACUUCCUUACUUAUUUGUAGCUACUCUGUCCAGUCUUAAAAUCCCUUGCCUGGAGUCGGAUAGAAAAGAAGCUAAACAGAUCUAUCAAGACAACCUAAACAGUUACACCUUAAAUCUGCUGGGUAGACCUCUAGAAAAACUACAUGUGUUUUUUGAGGGCGUACAGAACCGAGUGGCUACAGGUGUAAAGCCUGAGGAGGUGGGAUUUCAGUUGGCCUUCAGUAAACAGGAACUCAGAAAGGUGAUCAAGGAGUACCCAGUCAAAGAGGUGAAGAAAGGUUUGGAUGGAAUCUAUAAGAAAACGCACAAGGACCUGUGUGAAGAAGAAAACUUGCUACAGGUGGUGUGGUUCUCCAUGCAAGAUGAAUUCAUCAAACAAAUCAAACAUUAUGAAGAUCUGAUUAAUCAGUGUUACCCAGACUCUGGAAUCACUCUGGAAUUCAAGGUGGAUGACGUGCUGUCUUUCUUCUCAGAGAUUGCCCAGAGUCGUUGAUUGGUUAGUAGUGGAUUCUCAAGCAUGAUCAACAAAUGUGACCGCAUAGUCAUUAUAAAAAGUGCUCUGUUUGUAUGUGUUUUAUGAGUAAGAAAUGCUUAUUAAAAUUUAAUUGUGCAAUUUUUAUUCUCCAAAAUUCAAGAUGUUCUAAAAAUAAUUUCCUUGACUGUAUUCAUGUUUGAAGUUUUUUAAAAUGUAAAAGUGUUGAAUUUCUUUCUGAAAAUAUUUUAAAUGUUAAACUUGCUUAGUCAUCUGUGAAAUGCUACCUUUGUGAAUACACGUAACUGUGCAGUCAUGUUACCUCACAAAUCAGCUCUAGAUAUUGGGAUAUACAUGUACUGAUAAUCUCCUUACAGAGUAAUGUUAUAAAAUAUUUCAUAGUUGACUUUUGAGUUUGUUGCCUUAGCUUGGGUAAAACCCUUGAAACUCUGUCAGAAAGAAUUUCAUUCCCUUUAUGAAUGGAGUUUGAAAGAGAGGGGGGGGUGAUUCUGUCUGUGAGUGGACAUAAUUUUUUUUCUGGAUAUGUUUGAAGUUAUGAUGUUUUUCCAGACUUUGUAAAAAUAGAACAUGCCAUUUGACACAUGCACCUGGUAUUUUAAUAUUAUUGUGUUGAACUGGGCACAGAGUUUGUAUUUGAUCAAAGGUUACAUCUAUUAAUUUUGAGGUCAAAAGUUCAUGGCCAGGAACCCAGUUUUAUGGUCAUAAGAUCAAAAGGUCUCAGGAUUUGAAGUGCAAAUGUCAUGAUUAUUCAAUGGAGUAACAUAAGAUCAAAAAUGUUUGAGGGGUGAUUAAGCUAAUAGAAUAAAUCAUGACCCCAAACAAGGUUUUUAAAAACACAAGGUUAAGGUCAGAGGAUUCAAAAAAGUCAAAUUUUGAAGGCCUCAGAAAUGUUCUAUUUUAAGUUAUUUUAAAGUAUAUACUCUUUCUUUAGUUACCCCUUAAGUCUGUUUCAUGAACAGUUCUAGUUUUUUAAAGUUAAUAAAGCCUUGAUUUAAUCAUGCUAAAGUUAAUAUAAUAAGCAUUUUACAUUUUAUUAUGUAAACUUGUGCAUGUACAUUUACUCUUGUAAGUGCAAUAUUUAGUUUAUACUGAAGUUUAUUGGUAA